AUGAAGAAUGAAAAAAAGUCGUUUCAAUGCAAAGGAUAUGGUCAUUGUCGCAUGAGGUUUAGUCGAAGUGAACACCUGGCAAGACAUGAAAGAAAACAUACUGGCGAGAAAGCUUGCAUUGUGCCCCGUUGUAGUCGCAAAUUUGGUCGGUUCGAUAAUAUGAUGCAGCAGACACAAACACAUGAGAUGACGGUCAGCAGAAGCAAGGCAAGCAAAAGUAUGUCUGUACUCAUGGAUGAGCUCUUUUUACUAUCAGAUUCCAGUGUGCUUACAUCCGAUGAAGAAGAAGAUGAAGAAGAGGAGGAGGAAGAGAUGAUGAUAUUGCCUCAUUUAGCCAAUUAUUUGGUGGACCAUCCCGAUGAGCCACCGGAGAACUGCUUCUUUAAAAAUUAUCACCGUUUAUCAGAAGGGGACUUAUUAUACCCAAUUGAAUAUCUGUCCAAUAGCAAUCCCCCAAAUCGAACAAAAGACGACGAUAUUUACAUCACCCUGGACGAAUUGGAGGCAAUACAAGGAUUAGCUUGCUUUUAUACAUGUCAGAAAUAG